AAAUUCCAGAUCAUUGGCACAAACGUUCCGCGUCUAUACUCUGGUAUUGGACUGUUCCGGCCAAAGCUUGCGCGCCGGCGCUUUCAUUCCAACUUUAUCGUCGUGGUAAUCCAUAUAUACAUCGUCACCACAGCUACCUGCCGCCCUCCACUGUCGAUUCAUUUUUCCGUUCGACUCUCUAUCAGCAUUACACCAUAGAACACUCAUCGCCAGCAUCUUCUAUACUCGCAGUUGUCAAUCGACUACCGACACAAUGGCUGCUGCAGUCGGCAAAUAUGCCGCCAACAAGUUCCUGAAGAAGCAGAUGGCCCAGUACAAACACAAGGAUGUCGAGAGCGAUUACGAUCCCUACUUCGCCAUGAUCCCCGACCCAAAACGCCCCGGCAAAUUCAAGAAGGUCAAGAAGCAGAUUCCCGCCUACAUCUCCGAGAAAGACGCCAUGAUCCUCGCAUCAUGCCGAAAGAUGGCCUAUCGAUUGGACAUGUCCCUCUUUAACCUUUUCGGAAUGCGCUUCGGAUGGGAAUCCGUCAUCGGCAUCAUUCCCUUUGCAGGAGACGUGUUCGGCGUGGGCAUGGCCAUAAUGCUCUUCAAGAAAGCCAAUGGGGUUGAAGGUGGUCUCGACAACAACAUUCGCAUGCGCAUGAUCCUCAACAUCCUCCUCGACUUCCUCGUCGGCCUCGUGCCUUUCAUCGGCGACUUGGCCGACGCCGCGUUCAAAUGCAACACGAAGAAUGUCCGAUUGCUGGAGCAGGCCUUGGACAACAAAUACAAGCCGGGCAGCCAACGCACUGACGAGCGCGAUUUCGCCGGUAUGAGUGCCAGCGAACGGAAGAAGAACCGCAAGUCGGGAAUCUACCUUGCCAGCGACCCUCCGCCAGCCACCGUCUUCGAUGACAGCGACGAGGAAGAGCUCCACCCUCAUGCCGCACCUCCCGCUGCCGCUGCACCAGGCGCGACCGCCGCUACCCCUGCGAAGACCGGAACAGCGGUCCCGUAUGAUUCCCGGGCUCCCAAGCCCAACACUGUCGUCCCACCCCAGAACGGUCAGACCGCAGCACGAUGAUGAGGACUUUCCGUCUAUCAUAAUGGGAGGGAAAGACAAGUUGAUGAAGGAGAACGCUGAAGCGAAUUCAGUCGACUGAUGAAAGGCGAUGACCAUGCUCAUCCAGGAUGAGGGAGUGGAAGAAAAAGUACAUGGUGUGAAUUUCCGCGACAUUCAUAUGCUGCGGCUUUUGUAUUUUGGCACUCGUACAUAGAUACCCUGUUUUGUCCGUACAGUACGAUUAUAAUGUAAUGUCCGCUCCGACCCAUGAGAGCCGCGCGCCGAUUUGACCAUUCCUGUUCCGACUCGGCAAUGCAACAGGAUAGACGACCAUAUCACGAUGAAAUUCCGGG